AAAAUUACUUGUAGAGAUAAAAGAAACAGACAAAUGGCGUCGAGUAAUCCCCAAUCUCUUACUAUAAAUACCUCAAAAUUAUCACUUUUACCUUCAAUUCAAUCAUCAAUUGCAGUCUUUCUUAACAAUAUCUCAAGACCAACCAAGAAACAUCUCUCUCUUUCUGUUUGCAGGUACUCUUCCAAUAAAGCAUCCGCAUUCGCAUUUAAGAAAAGCGAGAUAAAACCAACUGUUAGAAAGCUAGAGAAAAAAGGAGGAGACAGGCAAUUAGACGCAAUGACGAUUAAACCAGCGGUUCGGAUUUCGGACCGGAAACUAAUAGUGAAAGAUCGGACGAUCUUGACUGGACUACAGGACAAUGUGAUAGCAACUUCCGGUUCAUCAUCCAGUCCGGUAGAGGGAGUAUUCAUCGGAGCUGUUUUUGACGAAGAAAACAGCCGCCAUGUAGUGCCAUUAGGUACUCUACGUGACGUCCGGUUCAUGGCCUGUUUCCGGUUCAAACUAUUUUGGAUGGCACAAAAAAUGGGAGAUCAUGGAAGGGAUAUUCCACUAGAAACGCAGUUUUUAAUGAUGGAAACUAAGGAUGGGUCCCAGCUUGAAUCGGACGGUGGAAAUGAAGAGAAUCAGAUCAUUUAUACAGUUUUUCUUCCUUUGAUCGAAGGAUCUUUUAGAGCUUGUUUGCAGGGAAAUGAUAACGAUGAGCUUGAAUUAUGUUUAGAGAGCGGUGACGUGGACACUAAAGCGGCGUCGUUUACUCAUCCUCUUUUUAUUCACGCCGGUACUGAUCCUUUUGGUACAUUAACGGAAGCUGUAAGAGCUGUUAAGCUGCAUUUGAAAUCGUUCCGUCAACGGCAUGAGAAAAAAUUGCCUGCGAUCAUUGAUUAUUUUGGAUGGUGCACCUGGGAUGCGUUUUACCAAGAAGUAACACAAGAAGGGGUAGAAGCAGGGCUGAAGAGUUUAUCUGAAGGUGGGACCCUUCCGAAGUUUGUAAUCAUUGAUGAUGGAUGGCAAUCAGUCGGCGGAGAUCCACAGGAAGAUGAUGAAGACAAACCGCAGCCGUUGCUUAGGUUGAUUGGGAUAAAAGAAAAUGAGAAGUUUCGAAAGAAAGAUGAUCCAACGGUAGGGAUUAAGAAUAUAGUAAACAUAGCAAAAGAGAAGUAUGGGUUAAAAUACGUCUACGUAUGGCAUGCAAUUACUGGAUACUGGGGUGGGGUCCGUCCGGGAGUUAAGGAGAUGGAGGAAUAUGGAUCGUUGAUGAAGUAUCCAAAGGUCUCAGAAGGAGUGUUGGAGAAUGAGCCUACAUGGAGAACUGAUGUUCUGGCAGUGCAGGGAUUGGGGCUGAUGAAUCCUAAGGCAGUGUAUAAAUUUUAUAAUGAGUUGCAUAAUUAUUUAGCGUCUGCGGGUAUAGAUGGUGUUAAGGUGGACGUGCAGUGUAUAUUGGAAACAUUAGGUGCUGGUCUAGGAGGAAGGGUAGAGAUAACUAGGCAGUAUCAUCAAGCACUUGACGCUUCUGUUGCUAGAAAUUUUCCUGAUAAUGGGUGCAUUGCUUGCAUGAGUCACAAUACUGAUGCAUUGUACUGUUCGAAACAAACGGCUGUGGUGAGAGCAUCAGAUGAUUUUUUCCCGAGGGACCCAGUCUCACACACAAUACAUAUAGCAGCUGUGGCAUAUAAUAGUGUAUUUCUAGGAGAAUUUAUGCAGCCAGAUUGGGAUAUGUUCCAUUCACUCCAUCCAGCUGCUGAAUAUCAUGCAUCUGCUAGGGCCAUUAGUGGUGGCCCUGUCUAUGUUAGUGAUGAGCCUGGGAAGCAUGAUUUUAAUGUGCUAAAGAAGCUGGUCUUGCCUGAUGGGUCUAUACUUCGAGCCCGUUUGCCCGGCCGGCCUACCCGGGACUGUUUGUUCUCUGAUCCAGCCCGUGAUGGUAUUAGCUUGUUGAAGAUAUGGAACAUGAACAAGCACACAGGGGUCCUAGGAGUCUACAACUGCCAAGGAGCAGCUUGGAACUGUGUUGAAAGAAAGAACACAUUCCAUGAAACAAAAUCUGAGGCAUUAACAGGUGCCAUCAAGGGUCGUGAUGUCCAUCUCAUUGCUGAAGCAGCUACAGAUUCUAACUGGAAUGGUGACUGUGCUGUCUACUGUCACCAGACUGCCGAGCUUACUACUGUCCCUUACAAUGCAUCGUUGCCGGUGUCACUUAAAGUCCUUGAGCAUGAGAUAUUCACUCUGACCCCCAUCAAGGUUUUAGCACCCGGGUUCAGCUUUGCACCUUUGGGGCUCAUUGCUAUGUAUAAUGCUGGUGGAGCUAUCGAAGGGCUCAAGUAUGAAGUAAAAGGUGUAAAAUUGGUAGAGCUGGAUGAGGGAUACAAGGGCGAAAACAGCACUGUGAGUGAUGAAAGGGUGGAGAAUAUCAGUAGCGAGUUAGUAGGGAAAAUAUGCAUGGAGGUUAAAGGGUGUGGCAAGUUUGGAGCGUAUUCAUCAACUAAACCAAGGAUGUGCAUUGUUGAUUCUAAUAUUGCUGAAUUUGAGUAUGAUUCAUCUUCUGGUCUGGUUACAUUUAACUUGGAUAACUUGGCUGAGGAGGGUAGACUUCAUCUUGUUGAGGUUGAAGUGUAGAUUACUAUUUUACUGGGUUACACAAAAGGCUAGAUGAGAGAUGCAGUGAAAAUGGGGGAUUGUUUUGGAGGGAAUUUAACCAGUUUUCCCCUUAAAUUUGCUCUUAUGUUAGGAAUUAAUCUAUUGAUGUAAUAUUUUACUAUUUUGUGGGGAAAACCAAUAAAGUUUCUUCUACUA